AUGACAUUGCCAGAAGAAGUUGGUAAAACGCUUGAACAGUUUUAUAUUGAGGAUGGAGUACUGCAUGAAAUUAGUGAAAAAAUACAGGAUGAACUUGUUCAAGGUCUCGAAGGAGGUGCUUCGAAAUCAUCAAUUGCCAUGUUACCUUCUUUCGUCCCUGCUUUACCUGAUGGGAAUGAGAUAGGUAAAUACAUUGCAAUUGACUUGAGUGGGAGGAACUUGCGUAUUAUGUUGCUAACGUUGAAAGGAAGUAACCAAGAACCAGAACAGAUUAACCAUAAUUAUGUUUUCCCAGCUUCUGUUAUGAAAGGAACUGGAGAUCAGCUGUUUACAUUCAUAGUCAAUUGCCUGAUGAAAUUCCUCAACGAAGUAAAUCUAUUAAAUGCUUCACUCCCGGUCGGUUUUGUUUUCUCCUACCCAUGCGAGCUGCUUUCAAUACGCUCAGCGCGGCUGCUUUGGUGGACAAAAGGCUUUGAUAUAAAGGACUGCCUGCAAAAAGAUGUAGUCAAACUUCUGGAAGAAGCUCUCGAAUUAAACAUGCUAACAAAUGUGAAAAUUGAAGUAGUAAUGAAUGACACCGUCGGUCAGUUAGCUGCAACUGCUUACAAAUACGGUCAAGAAUGUGUCGUUGGUGUUGUCAUUGGUUACGGUUGUAAUUCAUCAUACCUGGAAGAUACUGCGAAAAUCAAGAAAUUCAAUGCUGCUGCUUCUGGAUAUAAAUUUGACAAAAUGGUGGUUGUUACUGAGUGGGAAGAAUUUGGUGAAAAGGGUGAAUUAGCAGCUGUUUUAACGCAGUUCGAUCGGGACAUUGAUGAAGUAUCGGUUCAUAAAGGCAAACAAAUGAUUGAUAAACUGACUGGAGCUUUAUACCUCGGCGAAUUGGUACGCCGUAUCCUCAUGCAAUUUACAUUAGAUGGACAAUUGUUUAGUGGAAAAUCUUGUGAAAAACUGGGUGAAGUGGAUUCCUUUCCAACUAAAUACAUUUCUGAAAUUUUGAGAGAUGAAGAAGGGAGUUUUAAAAUUUGUCGACGGAUAUGUGAUGAACUUGAUGCGCCUAGUCACUGUACAGCUGAUUAUGAGAUCAUCCAUGAAGUAUGCCAUGCGGUAUCUCAGAGAUCUGCUGCUAUUGUUGCUGCUGCAAUAGCAGCGUUAUUACGCCACAUUGGUCAAAGUAACAUAAAAGUAGGAGUGGGUGGCGCAUUAGUACAGUUUCAUCCGACCUAUCUCGCAUUACUGGAGAACAAACUGCAUGAUUUGGCUCCUGUGAAUAUCAAGUGGGAACUGGUACCAGCGGAUGAGGGUAGCGCUAAAGGUGCUGCUAUAGUUGCUGCAGUAGCUGAGAAAAUGGGACUUUAA